CAGCAUUUCCCUCUCAACUGUUGUGGUGUAAAAGUAAAAGCUAACAUGAAAUUUACAUACUUGUGUUAAGUACAAGUACCCCAAAUUCACAUUAACUACAGCACUUGAGCAAAUGUGCUUACUUUCCACUACGGGUAGUUUUAAAGUUUGGCAUAAAUUUGCAAUCUUGAUUUAAUAACUGGUCUACCUCACUGAAACACUAGAUUAAAGCUCUUGUUUGCAGAUCAUUAAAUGAUGAAUUACAGGCAAUGCAUUACUCAGUCUGGACACCCUCCAGGUUGGUUGUUGAGAGCCCAUUUAAUAACUGCGACAUCUUUUCUUAGGUCCUCCUGGGGAUGGACCUGGCAUCAGAGAGUAAGAUGAACUCUGAGGGGGGCGAAGGCAGACCAGUCCCUCCCACCUCUCUACAGCUGCAAGGAGGUCCCACCCAAAGGAAAAAGCUAUCUGCCCCUCGUAUCAGCCUGUCACUGGACCAGAGCGAGGACGACUUAGGGGAGACGCCAGACGAUCUGGACAUUAACGUCGACGACCUCGACACUCCAGAUGAGGGGGAUUACCUCGACUACACGGACCAUGAAAUGGACUGGGAAGAUCCCAAUUCAGCCAAUAGGAGUGGAGCAAGUGAGCCUUAUGAUCCAAUCCCGACAUACAGCGCUGAGGAGGAGCGCCAGGAUGGCAAACUAUGGAGGACGGUCAUCAUUGGGGAGCAGGAGCACCGGAUCAACAUGAAGAUUAUUGAGCCCUACAUGCGAGUCAUUUCCCAUGGAGGCUACUAUGGCAACGGAGUGAAUGCCAUCAUAGUGUUUGCAGCCUGUUUCCUGCCAGACAGUGACAGAGAGGACUACCAUGAAAUAAUGGAGAACCUCUUCCUCUAUGUGAUCAGCACACUGGAGCUGAUGGUGGCGGAGGACUACAUGAUCGUGUACCUGAACGGAGCCACGCCCCACAGAAGAAUGCCUGGCCUUGGCUGGCUGAAGAAAUGCUAUCAGAUGAUUGACAGAAGGCUCAGGAAGAAUUUGAAAUCCUUCAUUAUCCUCCAUCCAUCAUGGUUCAUCAGGACCGUUCUCGCCAUUACCAAGCCCUUCAUCAGCGCCAAGUUCAGCAGUAAGAUAAAGUAUGUGACCAGUUUGGACGAGCUGCAGAAACUCAUCCCCAUGGAAUGCAUUCAGAUCCCAGAGUGCAUCAUUAGACUUGACAAGGAACUGAAGGAAGCAGCAGAGAACUCAAAAGUGAAUAGUUUUCUGCUGGGACCGGAGCCAACAGCAGCAGCCAGAACAGACAGGCCAGACGAAGCCGGUGCCAGCAGCUCUUAAACCCAAACAUCCUAAAUGGAUGGGUCACCUCAAUGUUCAGAAGUCACUGUUGUAUUGUAUGGGUGAAGCUGCAAAACAAAGCUUGUUAAGCUAGCGUGUAUGUGAGUGUGUGUGCGCACGUGUGUGUGUGUCAGUGUUUGUCAACUAGACACUGGAGUUUAAUAUGAAAACACAACUUACAGUAGUAGCUGUUAACACUCAGAGUUAGAUCUCAUUCUUUAUGGCUGCUGUAGCAUCUACUGUACCUGCAAUCCAGAGAGCUCUAUAGUCAAGUGUGAUGCUUGGCAGCACUUACGGAGUAGCGUCCUUGUUCAUGGUAGGGUAGGAAAUGCAAUUACACACCAGACAGUGCACUGCGCAAAUCCAUUCGUAGAAUCUAUAGUGUUGUAUUUGUGUGCAUGAGAAGCCGUGAAGCAAUAAUAUCACUCUUUACUGGUCACACACUCCCAGUAUUUCAGACGAAGAAGCGACUUGUGUGUCGGCAACCUACAAUAAAAGGUCAAGGUUUUAGCCAAAAAAACACCUUGUGCCAUAGAUGACCAAUUUAUUGCAUUUAAGCAAUCUAAACCUCUGUCUUCAUGUUUGUUCUAAAACUGGAAAAGAAAUCCACAAAUAGAUAUUUUAACUUUAUAUUGAGUCUGAAACCAAGGAGGACUUAGUUAAAUAUUAAACCAAGUUAUCAGAACAAUGUGAGAGCAUGUCUUUGUUGCUCUGCAAAUGUGUGUGAGUGUGAGUGUGUGUGUGUGUGUGUGUGUGUGUGCGUUUUCAGUCUGUCUCUGUCAAAUCCAUAAACUGGGAAUAUCAUCUCUUCAGCUUCUCCUGGAUCAUCAGGAACAAACCUCAGAAGAAAAUUAAGAUGGGAAUUCUGUAAAGCACAAUAUCUUCUGUGUGUGUGUGUGUGUGUGUGUGUGUGUGUCCACAAGCAUGUGUGUGUUCGUGCAUCAGUGCAUGUCCCCUCAUAGAUAACUGAUGGUCCUCUUACACGUGAGUCUUCUGCUGUGGUGUA